AAAAAAAACUCUUUGAAUUUAUCGUCCUGAAAAUGCCAACUACCGAGUAAACCAUGGGCGAGCAAGACAAGAUGUUCGUGGGGCUGGUUCUCUGCUCCACGGGACUGGAGCUGGACGUCAAGGUAUGGAUCAUCUCUGUCUCUGACUGCUCUAUACGAUGCACUCCAUUCCCCGCUCUUAAUCGUUUUCUGCUGACUGCUACACCUCAACUGUCCACUUAUCUCCAGGAACAAGUGCGCAAGAUCGUCGUGGCCUGUGGCGGUCGCUUUGAGGACGAUUUAGACCCCAACACCAGCACGCACUUGAUUGCCGAUGUUGUGGGCUCUUUAAAACACCGCGUUGCCGCGGCCCAUGAGCUCCCAGUUGCGUCUCCUCACUGGGUUUUUGAGAGUUUUCGGGCUCAGAAACUACUUAAUGUCAACGAUUUCGGCCUCAGACUACUCGAAGGUAUGGGGAUCUGCACUGCCGGACUGAGUAUGGAGGAGAAGGAGGCGGUAGCGCAGCAAGCCGCAGCCAAUGGAGCGCAAUACGAUGGUAGAUUGGAGCUGGGAUUCACUAGUAUUCUCAUCGCAAAACACCCACAAGGAGCCAAGUACGAGGCUGCAGUGGCCAAUGACAUUCCAGUCGUACAUCUCGGGUGGCUUUAUGCUUGUAUAGAGAGGAAUAUGCUGGUAGAGGAGGAAGAAUUCGCUCUACAUUCAGAAGAAGAGAACUCGAGUCUCCAGCCGACAUAUAUCGCAGUGAAUCAGCAGAAAGACGCCCAGGAAUUAGUGGCGACAUUGCCGGAGAUUGUCAAGAAAUAUCGUCACAAAGAGGGCGGAGCAGAAGAUGAAGAUUGGAUGGAUUUAUUCGACGGAUGUGUGUUAUAUCUACUGGGCUUUUCGCCUCAAAUGAACGCGUUGUUACAGCGUUUAAUACGCACUGGUAUGGGCACAAUCUACCACAAUGUGGUGAUAAGUCAUGUGACGCAUAUCGUGGUUAGUGCGUCGUUGUCGGAUAAACAAACACUGGAGAUGAUUCGAACGCGUGUGGCUGCUGCCAAUGCACUGGAUGAGGUGCAUUUUGUGUCAGCUAGUUGGCUCAUUGACUGUGUUAAGUGUCUAAACUUACAACCGGAGGAGCUCUAUCCAGUCGAAUUCGACGUUAACGUGUCAGAAAACGUACAAAGCACUGCUAUUAGUGCUCCCAUUGAACAGAAGAGCGUUGAAGCACAAGCCACCAGCUCCAACCCCGUUAUUCUAUCCGAAGAUUUACUGGAAAAAGCCGAUGGCAUCAGCAUUUUAGUGACUCCAGAGAAGACAGAGAAGAAGACAGCUAUAUUCUCGGGUUAUGCUUUUCUGCUGUUAUGUCGAGAUCCAGACGAUAAGCACAUGAUCAAACCAAUGUUACGAGAGAUACGUGGAAAACGCGGAGGAGCUGAAGCCAUCGCGCUAGCAGCCAUCGACUUCCCACAUUUGGAUCCCGAGCAGUUCUCGUUUAUCAGCCACGCGGUUGUCUGUACUGGCGUAGAGAUGGAUGAACUGGAAGCUUUAAAGAUGCAAGAGCGCAUCCAUCAGAUCCAACGAAGCCUCCGUAACACCGACGCAGAGACUGAAGAAGAGAGACCUAGAAAGCGAGCACCACAAGACAAGAAACCUCGACAACGGAUGCUGCAGUUUGUAUCGGAUUUGUGGGUCAAUUGCUCGCUUGCUGCCAAGAUGAAGCUGUCCUUCUCUUCGCACGAACUCUUCGGUGUCAGUGCGUACCGUCCCCGUGCGCUUUUCACGUGUCCAGUGCCUUUACGAGGCUUCCAGAACGUGAUAGCGUCUACGUCAAAUUACCGUGAUGUGGAACAACUUGUGGUUAUGGAAUUAUUACGAGUUGCGGGCGCUCGAGUCACGACCAAACUCAGCGCACAGAACACGCAUCUGAUCUGUAAAAAAGGAUUUGGAAUGAAGUUCGUGAAGGCCAAGCAGUGGGGAAUUCAAGUGGUUAAAGCACGCUGGGUUGUGGACAGUUUACUGCAAGGCCAGCGACUUGGCGAGGACAAUCCGGACUUUGACGUAAAAGAUGAGAGUGAAUUCAAUACUCUGACUCAAACUGCGGAGGAUACGGCUCUCUCACAGUCGUCACAAGGAUGAAAGUCAAUAAUUUGUGUUGGGAAGAGGAAAUUUCGAGUUAGCAGGUUGUUGGAAUGGAAUUUUUCGUCUAGACUGGCGUGAUGACAGCGUGCAUGGCGAAAUCUUCGCUUAGACGUCGCUCUGCGUGGGAAUUGCGUCUCUUCUUGUACAGGAUAGCAGCGGCGACUACGGCGACGGCACCGAAGGCGACGGCGAUCACAAGUGAAGCAGUGCCGGUAGAGCCUGUGGGUGGGGUAUCGGAAGUGCUUGUCGACGUCGUUGCGAACGAAACCAAUUGGCUCUCCGUUGGAGUGGAGGCAGACUGUGUAAGAGUGUCGAAUUGGGAGUCCGGCUGCUGUGUGGCAGCCUCUGUUGGUGUGUCGACGUCAGAAGGCGACGAGUAUUGCUGAAUCGGCGAUUGUGUUGUUGGAGGUUGCGUCGCCGGCUCAGUCGUGCUUGGACAGGGCGUUGCUGCCUCGGUUGUACUAGGACAGGGUGCCACCGGCUCCGUCAUGCUUGGACAGGGCGUUGCUGGCUCGGUCGUACUAGGACACGGAGUCACCGGCUC